GUGACAGAAACAUGGAGGGAGAGCAGCAGCGAGCGUGAGCUGUUCCAUCAGGUUGCUUCCCGUGGGCUCAAACCGGUGUGGCAAUGGACGUCCUGACUGAGGAGGACAUGAUUAGUCCGGAUGGAGCAGGAAGCAGGCCGACCCCCCCGAGCUCACUGGACCUGCAGGGCACGCGGCCCGUGCGGAAGAAGCUGUCAGCCCCACCCAUCAGCCUCUCCCUGGACCGCAGCGAGGGCUCGCUCCUCUCUGACGAUGCCCUGGACACACCUGAUGACCUGGACAUCAAUGUGGACGAGCUGGACACACCCGAAGAAGACGAAAUCCUGGAGUUCUCUGGACAUAAGCUGGAAUGGGGAGAAUCUCAAGUAUCCAAUCAGACUGCAGGGGAGGACCUGAAAGAAGCCAUCCCAGCAUGCAGUGCAAAAGAGGAGGAGUGUCAGGAUUCGACGCUCUGGAGGACUGUCAUCAUCGGAGAGCAGGAGCAUCGCAUCAAUAUGCAGGGAAUCGAGCCCUACACCAAGGUGCUCUCGCACGGAGGUUACUAUGGAAAUGGUCUCAACGCCAUCAUCGUAUUUGCUGCAUGUUUUCUUCCGGACAGUGACAGAGACGACUACCAUGAUGUCAUGGAGAACCUUUUCCUGUAUGUGAUCAGCACACUGGAGCUGAUGGUGGCAGAGGACUACAUGAUCGUGUACCUGAACGGGGCCACACCCCACCGCAGGAUGCCGGGACUCGGCUGGCUGAAGAAGUGCUACCACAUGAUUGACAGGAGGCUCAGGAAGAAUCUGAAAUCCUUCAUCAUUGUUCACCCCUCAUGGUUCAUCAGAACCAUCCUGGCUGUGACCAGACCCUUUAUCAGCUCCAAAUUCAGCAGUAAGAUCAAGUAUGUGGACAGCCUGGCUGAACUGGGAGAGCUGGUUCCAAUGGAGGGCAUCCACAUCCCAGAAUGCAUCAGCAGGCUGGAUAAGGAGCUGAAGGAAGCAGCAGAGAAUGCUAAAUAUAGCAGCUUUCUCAGUGGAUCAGAUGCAACUUCUGGCCAAUUGCCACCAGAGAUGGAAAAUGCCCGUGUGUGCAGCUCAUAAAGGAGUCAGCUGACCUGCACCAGACAUGUUCUCCUUGUAUUAAUCUCAAAUUAAUUUGAGGUGAUACAUUUCAACUGUAGAAGCAGAGAGCCAUCUUAGUCAAUGUAAAACACAGCACUGUAAUUUGUGAUCUUAAUUAGAAUUAGAUGUGCUUCACAGAUGAAUUUAUCAGCUUUGAAUGUCCCUGUCAAGAACUAGGGAACAGACGAACAUGCUCGUAUAAUGAGACAUUCUGACCUGUGAUUAGAGCUCAAUGGCCUGUCUGCCUGUCCAUCUGUGUUUUCUCUGGAUAAUACCUGGACUAAUUUUGUGCACAACAGACAUUAUUUGGAAAUUGUAAGCAUGCAUUGUUAAACAAAUAACCUUAUGUUUAUAAGUCAUGCACAAUUUGUACAGUAGAAAAAUAAGAAUGACACUAUUCAGCUACUGUAGAUACAACCACUGACCAUGGAGUUUUAAAGUAGCAACAUGAUA